AUUUUAUGUCGACAAGUAUCGCUCGUUGAGUACUACUACUCAACGUAUCAAUGGAGAAAUUGACGAGUUAAAGGCACAUGAAAAAGAGAUAAACCAGAAAUUAGCAGCCAUCCGCAAAUGAGUGAAAAGUGAGCUUAUUAAAAAGUGGAGUUUUGUUUGGGGGAGGCGUUCCAAAAAUUCAAUGCCUAUAAGACCAGGUCAAAAACGUUGUCAAAAAGGCUGAUAAAUAAUAAAGGGCAAAUGGACAUGAAAUAUUUGCAAGAAGUUCAGGAAGAAUUACUUUCCUCAAUAAAAAUUGGUGGUGGAAUGACCACAACGUCUUGUGGUACACAAGAGCUUAACGAUAUGAUCAAAAGCAUGGCUCAAAGGAUUCAACAUGGGAGCAAAAAUAGGAAAGAAGAAAUGAAAAUUCAUGACAAACUAAAAGAGUUAAAGAUAACAAAGGAAAAAAUGUAUACAGCACCAGAACCACCCAUAAAAUAUAGUUAUGGCAAAGGGUAUAUUUGGCAAGGCCCUUAUUGGGGAGAAGAAAGAGCACGUGCACGGAAACAAUCUCUUCGUAGAGAGUUUAAGAAUUACUUAUUUGACGUUGAGGUACUUCAUGGGGAUCAAAUAAAAGUCAUGAGACUUGAAACAAAGUUGCGUCUUGUGAAACAACACAUUAGCUCUUUACAGACUUACGAUCUUAAAGAAGUUAAUUCCGAGAGGAGAAUAACAUACAAUCUUAUUCAAAUGCUUCGCCACCUAAAGGAAACAUGCUAUGAUGCGUAUCAAUCGCUAUCGCCAGGUAAGAGAUAUCUUGCAGAAGAUAUUCCAAAAGUAAAACAACUAUGUGGUAUCGAGGUUGAAGGGUUCAUGGCAAAGCGGAAUGAGAAUGAAGCAUUUGGGGACAACGUUUACUGAUGGGCGCUUAAAUAGUUAAAUCACUAUUGUUUGUUAUCAUGAAAAUUUGUUGUUUGAAACAUUUUCCUGUGGGUGUCUCGGUGACCAUCAUAUUUUACACUUAAAUGUUAAGAAGCAAUUGGGAGAGUUUUACCAAUGCACACCUAAGUUUGCACAACAAUUCCUCUUCUAAAGUAUUGGGUUAUAGUUUACAUUUAGAAACUUCGUUUUAAGUACAUAUUCUGGUAAGUCUAUAUGCAUAGACCCAUCAUGUAUAGAAAGAGGUGGAAACAUGGAUGGGUUGGGUAAUGGGUAGUUUUGUCUCUAAAUUGUUAUUUUUAUUUGAGUUAAAUGAUUUUGAAGGUUUUGUACUCUAGGUAUUCACUAGAUAACUUUCUACUGUUUGACCAAGUUGACUCAUUUGACUAAUUACUUUAGACCGUGCGGAGUAGCCUGUCUCUUAUCGAAAAUGUCAUCCGGAACGCCUGGUCUCGGUCCCAGGGGGCGUUCCGGCCGUUAAAAAUGAGAGCCCUUCUGAUUUUGAAUGCGUCGAUUUGGCCAUCCUUUUUUUUGUUUUUUCCUGCCUUUUGCCAUCCCAAUGCAUUAUUUUUUUUUAACCCCUAAUUAAACACUAUAUAUACAUACACAUACCAUUUAACAAAUCAAUCCUCAUUUUAUCUCAUAUUCUUCUUAUUUCCUUCAUUCUUCUCCUAAUAUUUAUACACUCAAACAACAAAUGGCUAGAGUUUGGACAGCAAACGAGACUAUGAAUUUAGCGAGAGCUUGGCUUGACGUAGCCGAAGAUCCAAACGCAGAGACUUACGAACAACAAAGAACAUUUUGGAGUCGUGUAAGGGAAGUCUUUAUUAAUCUUGAAAAUCAUCAAGGCGAGCAAAGGAGCAUUGAGAGUUUGCAAGGGAAAUGGCGGAAGAUGCACUCCUCAAUUCAGGCGUAGGAGCACAUCUAUGCUCGUUUGAACAACAAAGAACACGAGAUGGUUCUCGAAGCUGCUAUAUAACCAAGUACAAUAACACGCAUCCGACUUUUAUGUACAUCACCGAGUGGGGAUUGCUACGAACCAGUCCAAAAUUUAUGAUGUGAUUUUA